CUCAUUUAAACAUUUCAAUCUUUUAUCGUUGGCUAAAGGCAAAAAGAGAGAUUUCUCUUGUCGGAGCACGCGACAAAUGGAGACAGUAGAGAGUUGGACCAACCGCCCAUGUAGUUUUUGCGAGUUUUUACACUAGGUGGUACCCUUGCACAAACUAAAGUGUUUACAGCGUCUUGAGCGUUUGAUAGACAAAAUGGAAUCCAAACAGAGUCAACCCGGUAAGAGGCUAACGAAAUUCUAGUUGUAGCCGAAGUUAAUAUGACAGGCAUCACAUAUCUUGUGGAUUGUCCUGAUGAAGAUGUUGAUCUGACGUUUAAGUCGGAGGAGAAAAUGUCAUAUUUGGUCAAUGAUUCUAUGAAGAAAACUUUCACACUACCACAUGGAGGAAAGGUGGACGUGUGUCAUGAUAAUAUAGCCUGCCUGUCACUUUUCAGUGGUGAUCUAAACCAUUCAAUCUUUGCCCUGCAUUUGCCUGGAGAUGAAACUCAAGUGGUUGCAGUAUACUUGCACAGAGAGUGGUGGUCUGUGCAAGACAUGAUGAAGACAUCAUGCAAAUCCAGAUCUGGACUGGUAGUGGUGAGUUCUAUCAUGGAGAGAGUCAUUUUGUUUCUCAUGAGUCAGAUAAUUUUUGGGAUUCUGGAAAGAACUCUGGAUGAAGAAAUCCAUUUUUCUCCUCAUCCUUUGGAGGAAUUCGGUAAAAUCCUCUGGCAAGAUGGAGAAGCUGUUGGAUUUUACACCAUAAAGAAGAAAGGUACCCUGUGCAAUAGAUGUAACGGGCGAAGCUACCUGCUUCCGGUGCUGGACACUUUGUUUGUUCGGACACCCUGGAGAAGGAAGGGGCUUGCCCUGCGGAUGCUGGAUGAUUUCUGUUCUUCAUUCCCUCAAGAGGAAGCACUGGGCUUCAGCUAUCCCAUUUCUGACGGAAUGUAUGAAGUGUGUAGGAAGUUCCUGGAAAUCCAUCAGGAGGAAAGGGACCGCCUGUAUGAAGUGGAGAGCCCUGGAGACUGGGGUCAAAGACGCAAUGUGUGGCUGGGCCUCCAGCUCCGGCGGCUUCCAAAGCACAGGCAGAGUCCACAAACAAUCAACACUGACAAGGCUAAUAAGGACAAACACAAAGAGGGUAAAGUUCCUCCUCUUUCAGCUGACAGAGCUGGCCCUGCCUUGAGUUCAUGGAAAACCCCAGGGAGCCAUUUUGAAAUGGGUGGAUUACCUACCAGUACCAUAGCAACACCUGACAACACCCAAAGGAAUUCUGGGACAAAGCGUGCAGCAGACCACACAGACGAGUGUGAGAACACUAAACAAAGAAGGACGCUUUAAAUAAACCUCUGAAGUGCUGUGUGGUAGUUUGGAGAGUAAGGAUAACGAGAAAUCCCUCUCUGGCUCAGUCAGUUGAAAGUAUCUUCAGAGACCCUGCAUAUACCUUCAAACUAUUAUCUCAGUAUUAACUGUUCUGAGACAAUGACAUAAACAACGUGCAUAUGUG